AAUAAAGAUAUAUUUUUCUUAUUACUUUUGAACAAAGAUAUAUUUGGAAUUUUUCUUCUCAUUUCUGAUAGAUCUACAAAAUUCAAAAUGGAAUUAACAGAAGAGGAAAUAAAGGCAAAAAUGGAAUUAUUCCGUGCCAGGAGCACACGAAAGGAUUCGGACACAUUUGAUUGGUUUAGAGGCGAAAUUCACGGGCUUAAGAUUAAUUAUGAAUCUACCACACAACAAAUGUUAAAUGACAUCAAAAAAAGGCGUGUCAUUAUAAAACCAAAAGGGUAUAUAAAUGGAAUGACUAACUUUAAGUCAGUGAUGCCAGUUGUGUUUAAUGACGGUGAUGGUUUUCAAUUUUCUGUUAAAUCUGAAUAUGCACAGGAAUAUUUACUGCCAGCUCCAUUUUCUUGUCCACCAUUGGGCUCAGUUAAAGUAGGUGUUCCAGAUUACUUAUUUAAUAAGAUAACUACUAAUGCCGUUGAGCUAAGACCAAAUGCCGACUUCAAAUUUAUGGAUGAUCACUUUUUAUGGCCACAGAGUUAUAUUACCAGGAUUCAUACUAUGAGCAGCAUGAGGGAUACUUCUUAUGGACUUGCUGAAAUUACAUCUGGUUGCGUUAACAAUAAGGGAAAGAUGAGAUGUGAUAAAGUGAUUUUUUAGAAAUCAUUUUUCAAAAUUUAUUUCUACUAAUUAUGGACUUAAACGUAUAUCAAGAAGAUGAUAAUUUUAUUCAAUAAAAACAACAAAAUUAAUUUAAUAAUCCAAAAUACAUAUCUUUUC